GGGCGUUACCUAGACGCUGAAUGUAAACCGCAGAAGUUGAACAGAAGAGAUGAAGAGGAUAAAGUUCAGCUGAAAUGUUCGACUAGCUCAAGUGAAUGUAGUUAAGUUAAGCUGUCGACUUUAGUUUUGUUCAGUUGUCGUCGUGUUUCGGACAGAAGUGGUAAACUAUGAAGGCUCACAACAGCGAGGUCGGAGUGUUUGUCCGAGUCAGACCGACGGCGAACUUCGCCCAAGACUUAAUUGAAUGUCUUCCUGACGGACAGACAGUGAACAUCUGUCACAGGAAAACCUCCAGGAAGCCCAGGGACUCCAACAAAAGUCAGCUAAGCUCCUGGUCAUUCCAGGUGGAGGGCGUCCUGCAGGAUGUGUCCCAGGAGGAGUUUUACAACCAAGUGUGCCGACGGGUGGUACUGGGAGCACUGGAUGGCUACAACGGUUCUGUGAUGUGUUUUGGGCAGACAGGUGCAGGAAAGACCUAUACCAUGACAGGAUCCACAGAAUCAUACAAGCAGAGAGGUGUCAUCCCUCGGGCCCUUCAGGAGGUGUUUCAAGAGGUGGAGAAAAGGACUGAGCAUGCCUUCACUGUGCAUCUGUCCUACCUGGAGAUCUACAACGAGACCCUGGUGGACUUGCUGCCAUCGCUGCGAGGCACACAACACCCGUCUCCUCGCGGUAUGGUGGUGACGGAGGAGCCGGGCAGAGGGGUAUUCAUCAGAGGUCUGUCUCUUCACCCUGUCCACAGUGAGGAGGAGGCCCUCAACCUGCUGUUUGAGGGUGAAAUGAAUCGCAUUAUUGGAUCUCACGCAUUGAACCGGAACUCCUCCAGGUCCCACUGUGUCUUCACUGUGCAUAUAGAGUCCCGCUCACGGACUCUUUCUGACAGCAAGUAUAUCACCUCCAAGCUGAAUUUGGUGGAUUUGGCCGGGUCGGAGAGGUUGCGAAAGACUGGG